AGUGACAGUUAAUAUGGGGAAGAGUUGAGUGUGCGCUGGAAAGGCACAGCAGAGAAAAGACUUCAGAGGAAAUCAAAGAACAAUAUUUUAUAUUUAUUAUAGAUAUAUAAAUAUUUAUAUGUUUUUGUUUAGCAAUGGAUAAAGACGAGCGACAAAAGAAGCUGGAGGCCAGUAGAGCCAAGCUUGCUCACUUCAGACAACGAAAAGCAAAAAGUGACGGCCCGAAUCCGCCGAAAAAGACGCCGAAGAGGAAGGGCACGGCGCUCCACUCGCUUGACCUUCCAGCGCAAGAGUGCCCACUAGCUGCUGGGCAGGAUGGGGGUGACAGAGAGAGAGAGGGAGAGGUAGAAAAAAAAGCGCAGAGACCACAGAGCACAACACCAACUGAGACUGAUGGUGAAUUCUCAAGCUCAAGUACACUGGGAGACUCAACUACGGAAGAGCUGACCUCGAGCUUGGCGGAGCUUGCUCGGUUAGAGGUUCAGGACUGCGGUGGUCAGAUAACAACCAUAGAGGAGAGGCUCCUUGGAAAGCAGACUACUCUUGAUCAGCUCACUGUAGAGGGAGAGAGGCUGCAAGAGGAACUGGUUGCUCAGGCAGGCACUGAGCAACUUCAGGAACUAGAGACAGCUGUGCAGAACCGCAAUGAUAUCAUUUCUCAGCUGACAACAAAUCUACAGAAGGCCAUUGAGAAUAGAGAUGAACUUCAGCAGGAAGCCUUGCAGCUCACAAAUCAAAUCCAAGCUUUACAGCUACAGCUGCAGCAGGCAAGUGAACUCCUAAGGACCAAAAGCCCUGGUUCAAUGGAGCUUGCCCAAGCCCAGCAACAGAUGCAGGUCUUUCAGAUGAAUUUGAAAGACCAGAGCAUGCACCUUGAAACUCUUGAACAGAAGGCACAAAAACUGGAGCAGCAACUAGAGGACUCUCGAGAGAAUGCCAAGGAUAAAGAAAAUCUGCUUAUCCACAUGACAGAUGAGCUGGAAAAUACAGAAGCCCAGCUAAAUAAAAUAAUUGAUGAAAAAGAGGAACUGAUUCAGGAACUGGAUCGUACCAUAUCCCAGUUACACCGUAUACUUUCACUCCGGGACAAGGAGGUCCUGGAGUUAAAGAAUGAGAUGCUAGCUUUGACUGCAGACCAAGAGCAACAUUCAGUCGGACUUCAACACCCAGGUACAGAGCUUUGCCAUAAUGAGGAGCUGUCUAGAAAACUAGAAGAGCAGAUGGAGGAAUUUCAGAGGGAGAGAUCUGAAAUGGAGGACCGGCUGAAGCACUUACAGGAGGAUCUGAAUCGAGCAGAAUAUCAAGCGAGAGAAGCUGUGCAAUACAAAACCGAGAAGGAGAUGCUGAACGAGGACAUUUCCAAGCUCAACACUAUCAUAGAGGAGCUGAAUGGAAGGCUGACGGGCGAAGAGGAGGCCAAUAAGCAUUGGAGGGCAAAGUACGAAGUAGACAUAUCCAACUACAACAUGCAGCUGCAGGCAUUGGAGCAGGAAAAAGAGGAGGUGCUGAGCAAGCAUGACGAGGAGAUCCGUCUGCUUCGAGAGCAGCUGGAAUCCCAACAUGACGACAGAGUGGUCUUCUACAAGCAAGGAAUAGAGAACCUCAAGGAGAACCUGAACAAAAUCAAAGCUAGAAAAGAUCAAGUAAACCAUGAAGCCACUGAUGAAUCACAAGGGGAGGAAUUCAACUUGGAGUUAUCGGGUCAUGCAGAGGAAGGUAAUAUCCUCAUGGACAAAUACCUAGCUUCAUCAGUACAUCAGGAGAGCUAUUGGGCUGAGGGCAGUCUAGAAGAUCGUAGCAGUAAUGAGCAUUCUGAUCAUUAUAGGUUUGAGCUAGAUAGCGAGAUUCUUGAACAAAAAAUGUCUGGGUCAACCAAAGAUGACCUUGAGAGGUCUGCAGAUCUAACUGGCCAGUCUUUUCCUGAUGGAGAUGCAGAUAAACUGGGAUUUGAACCAGAUGAAGAGGCUUUGCAGUGGCAGAAAUAUACCAUAGCUAUGAACAAGCUGGACGAAAGUACAGAUGCCAUUGACGUGGAAAAAGCAUUUGUAAUACAGAGAUGUAGUGAGCUGUCUGAGCAGCUGGAUGAGAAAGAGAAAGAAUUGUACGUUCUUCAAACGGAGAUCCAGGAAGUUCAUGAAAAAUGGAAGAAAGUGACAGAGGAGUUCUUUGCCGUGUGUUCAGAGCUGGAGGCAGAAAAACUUGAGCGAGCGAAUUGUGAAGAAAUUAUCAAGCUAAAAUCUCAAGAGGAGGAAGACUUGAGGAACAAACUAAGAAUCUUUGAAAAGCAGAAUGAGAAAGUCAGUGCUGACAGAGCUGUUGCUGAGGACAAAAUCACCUCAGAUACUGGGGCUAUGGAAUGCCUGAUCAAAGAGCUGACUCAGGAAAAAGAGUUUCUAUUGACGCAGCUACAGGUGCAGGAACAGCUGGUUAAGGAUGUCCAGACACAGAAGUUGGCAGGUGAUUCUGUCACCAGUGAGGUUCAGACUCUGUUUGGCCGACAACUAGCUGCUCUACAAGCUCAGCGAGACCAGCUUCAGGCGCAGCUUGAAGCCCAGAAAGCUAAAAACCAAACUACCUCUGAGCUCCUCGGUCAAAAAACCUUACUUGAGGAUUCAUUGUGCAAAGAGCUUCAUCUGCUUAAAACAGAGUGCUGCGAGAGAGAGGAUCUUCUGAAGAGUCUUGCAGAAGAGAAAGCAGACUUGGAAUCAAGACUCUUGUGCAUCAAACAAAAUCUGCUGAAUGCGGAUGAAGCACUGAAUCAGAACUCCAGAGAGAAGACUCUACUGGAGCAAAAUGUUUCAGAGCUGGAGAUCAAGGUAAAGAACUUGGAAAACAUUCUGGAGUCAGAAAGGCAAGAUCUGGGAAACCAGCUGAAGAGCAAGAGUCUUGAACUGCAAAAGAUUGAAGUGGAGUUCAAGAAUGCAGAAGUGGAGUAUCUUCAAAAGGAAAGUGCUUUGAAAACAGAGGUUGCUGAACUUCAAAAGUCCAUCACAGACCUGGUAAGAGCUCACAGUGAGGCUCAAGAAGAGCUCUGCAGGCGCUAUGAGGAAGAGAAAAGCGAGCUGAAGGAACACCAUCAGUCUGAGAUUAAAGAACUAAAUGAGGAAAUGGAGAAAAAGGUGACUGACCUUAGGACUGGACUGGAUGAAGAACAAAAGAAGCAGAUUCUUCUUAUUAAACAGGUGCAUGAGCGGGACUUUGACCGCGAGAUUGCUGUCCUCGUUGACAAACACAAGGAGGAGAUGAAACGCCUGCGAGCAGAGCUGACCUCCCAGCAGCAGGAGCUGCUCAGUGACCUGAGAGAGCGAAUGGCUGAAGCACACCGAGCUGAACUCCAUCAAACACAGCUGCAGGCCCAGAUUGAGAAAAACCUGGAGCUGGAGGCUUUGCGGCUCAGCCUGACCAACUUGAACACAGCCCAGCUGGAGCUGUCCCAAUCCAACCUGCAGCGGGAGAAAGAAGCUGCGCUGAGUGAGCUUCAGGAAAGCCUCAAUGACAAGCGGGCGCAGGAAAUAGCAAUGCUGCAGACACGGCAGCAGUUUGAACUGGAGCGAAUUAAAGAGCAACGCCGAGCUGAGACUGAACAGCUCACACACAAACAUCUGCAGGAGAUGGAUGAAGUGAAGCAAGACUGGGUGUUGAAAGUGGCUGAAAUGAAAACCCAGAUGGAUAAAAUACAUAGCCAGAAAAUAGAGGCUCUGUUGCAAGAGUGGGAAGACAAUGCUGAGAAGAGCCUUGGGGAUUUGCAGCAAAAGCUGUCUGAAAAACAAGCAGAGUUGGAGGAGCUGCAGGGUACCCAGGAGGCAGAGCGUGAGAGACUGCUGGCUGAACUGAGCCGUCUACAGGCUGACAAAGAGCUGGCAGCAUCUAUGCUCAAGGACCUGGAAGAGCUGCACAGGACUUCAAUGGUGGAUCUCAAGGAAAAGUUACAGCAAGAGUAUGACCAUAGUGUUCAAGAACUGAGUGCAAAAACUGAAGGAAAAGAAAAGGAACUGCAUAAACAGAUAGAGAAGCUGCAGACCAUGUAUGAUGAUCUAAAGGCACAUUCAGAACAGGAGAUUGAACACCUGUGGUCCCAGCUUGAGAACUCCCGGACAAGCCGUCAGGAGCUGGGUGAGCUUAAAGAGCAGCUGUUGGCCCGUACAUCUCGCAUUGAUGACAUUGAACAGUUAAAACAAGAGUUUGACCAGCAGCGCCUCGAGCUCCGGGCACAGAAUGAGAUUGAACUGGAGCACCUGAGGACUUACUUUGAACAGAAACUGCGUGAACUGGAGGACAGGCACAAGGAGGAGGUUGCACACCUGCAGCAGCGCCUAGAGGAAGGAGUGCUGGAGACUGCUGACACCAGUUCUCUUCCUGAGGAGAAACUGAAUGAAGAACAAACUGAUCUUCUAGGGGAGCUAACACAACAACUGGAACAACACAAGAUGGAGUUGGAGUCCCUUCGUGUACAGUUUGAAGAAAGACACAGAAAUGAACUGAAAACCUUAAGAUCCUCCUUAUCCCUUCAGCACAAAGAAGAAUUAUUGCAAGUGAAAACUGAUCUUGCAGAUCGUUACUUCUCAGAAAUGCAAGAGUUAAGAACAAAGCAUUCUCUAGAGCUGGAGCAGUUGCGGGCUAAACUGUCAGACAACCAUGUCAAAGAAAUCACGAAGCUGCGUCUGCAGAGUGCCCAGGAGGCUGCCCGGCAGGUUGAGGAGGAGGUGAUAAACAGGGUUCGCUCCCUGGAGGAGGAACAUCACACUAAACUGUCACUGAUGAAGUCUGAGCAAGAGCACAUUCAACAGCUGGAAGAACGAAUUGAGCAUCUUCAAGAAGAGCAUGCUGAAAACAUGAGGAGCAUCACUGCCCAGCAUAAAGAGCAGCAGAAACAAAGCAUAGAACAGGUUAAAUUAAACUUUCUGGAGGAUCUUAAACUAAAAUUAGAUGAAGCUAAAACGAAAGAAGCUGAAGAGUUCUCGGAGAAGAAGGCCGAGGAGUUGGCGCUCCUGACAGUGCAGCUGCAGUCCCUUUGUGAAGAGAAGCUGUCUGACCUGCGAGAGGAGCUCACCAGCCUUGCUGAGGGGGAGAGGCAGGCUCAGAUGGAGGAGUUCCGAGCCAGAGAGCUGGAAAUGAAGAAACUUCAAGCCGGUCAGGAAGUCGUGAUCACAGAGCUGGAGAAGGAGCUCAAGGAGGAAUGCAACAGACUGCAGGCGCUACAGGACAGCCUGGAGAAUGAACAGUCUCCUCAGAUCACACUGCUCAGGCAGAAGAUCCAAGCUCAGUGUGACAGCGAGCUCGCCACUGCUAAAGCCACCAUGGCAGAGGAACUGAAACAGCUGAACAUAAACCUUCAGGAGCAGUCUGAAGCCAAACUGCAGGAGGCACAGAGCAGGUUCACAAAAGAGAAAGAAGAGAUAACUGAAAAGCUCACCUUACAGCAAGAAACUCUUCUUAGUGAGCUGAGGGAAAGGCACACAGAAGAACUGGAAGCCCAGAGCAGCCAGCUACAAGAGCAGCACCAGAAACAACUGUCAGAGCUCCAGCAGAGGCUCCAGGCCAGCAUGGAGACACUGGAACAAGAUCUGAAGGAGGGGCACAGGGCUCAGAUGGAAGCCUUGGAGACAGAGCUCCAGACUAAACACAAGACUGAGAUGGACGAGUUGGAGGCCAGGCUUUUGUCUAACAUGGACACCUUGGAAACGACCUACCUGUCAGAAAUCCAGUCCAUACGGGAUGAGCACUCGCAAGCUGUCCUGGAUUUGAAGUCCUCUUUUGACCUGAUGCUGCAGAAGCACAGAGAGGAUCUCCAGAGAGAGAAGCAGGAUGCUGAGGUGACUCUAGCUCAGGAGCUGGAAAGGCUGAAGGGAGAGCACGAGACAGAGCUGAAGUCUAGCACAGAAGAGCUGAGGAAGGAGCUAGCAGCAGUUUACAUGGAGAAAUUCAAAGCCAUGGCAGCUGAGUUGGAGGAAGCUCAUAAGGUGGAGCUGGAGGCUGCCCUGCAAUCUCAGAGGAGUGUUCUGGAGGCGGAGCAGGGCAAGGCGCUGGAUGUGCUGGGAGCAGAAGUGCUGAGGCUGGAGGAGCAGCACCAGAGAGCCAUGCAGGAGCUGCAGGAGCUCCACACCACAGAGGUGCACAGGCAGCAGGACGAGUACAGCAGGCAACUGCAGCAAGAGAGAGACAAGCUGAAAAUACUGCACCAAGAACAACAACGGGAGUUUUCCGUUGCCUCUGCUUCUGAAAUGGAGGCUGUCCAGGAACAGCUUGCAGCCCAGUUUGAGGAGGAGAGAUCUCGCCAGUACCGUCAGUUCCAGGAGGAGAUUGAGCUGCUCAAGUGCCAGUCAGAGGUGCUGCUGGAGCAGCAGAUAACACAGCUCAAGGAGGAGUUUGAAGCAGAGAAGAAAGCUGCACUGGAGAAACAGGAUGUAGAGUUUGCUGAAAAGCAUGAGCUGUCUGACAAGACUCACAGAGAACUGAAGGACCAGUUAACUGCUCAGAUCAGAGAGCAGGCAGCUUUGCUCACACAGUUAAAGGAAGAAGUUUCUGUGCUCCAGAAGGAGAUGGAGGAGAAAGAUUCUGAGCUGGAGACACUCCUGCAGAGAAGAGAGAGGGAGAACGAAGAGGGAGAAAACCUGGUAACCAUGCUGAGAUCCGACCUGAGCAGAAAGACCGAGGAACAAAAAAGUCUGCAAGAAGCUCAUGAGCGAGUACUGAAACUCCUGCUAGAAGUUGCAAAGAGUACCAUUGCCACUGAAGAUGUUAUCAGCCAAAGAAUAGGCAUCUGCGUGGACAGUAGUCAGAUGCUUGGAGGAGAGAACCUCAGUGUUUUGGGAACAGCUGGACAACCUCAUCGAAAGAACCCAGAGGGCCAAGAAAAGGAUGACUUCCACAGUCCAGCAAGUGAAGCUGCCACUGAAACCAGCCUGUGGUCAGCCCUGACAGACGAAGGCUUUGAACUGUCCCAGCGACUGUCUGAAAGCAUCUUUACUGGCCCAGAGCUGGAGCACGAGACCGAGCAGAUGAUCCUGGGAGUGUGCGAACGCCUCCGGAGCGCAGUGGAGAAACUCCUGGAUCUGGUUACAGAGUCCACCAGACAGCUGGAGCAGACUCACGGUAUCCACGUCCACCUGGAGGAGCAGUUCAGUCGUCAGAACAAGGAAACGGCCCGGUUUGUAAACCAGCACCAGAACCUCCUCGAGCAACUGGACGAGGAAACCAAGGCCAAAACACAGCUAGAGCUGGAGCUUCACAAAGCAGAGGGGCUGAUUGAGGGUUAUGUGGCGGAGAAGGCCACUCUAGAAGAUGCUCUUCAGCGAAAGGAGAAUGCGGAGCAAUGUCUGGUCCUGGAGCUGGAGACACUGAGGGGACAGCUGCAUGAGCUGAGUGAGGAGCACAGCCUGCUCGUCCGCCAGAGAGAGGCCAUCACUGCCAACAUGGGGGACCGCGAGACGGGUCUGCUUGCGGAAGCGGACCUCCUGGCGAAGGAGAAGCUGGAUCUGCAGUGCCAAGCGGAGAAGGACCGCUCCAACCUCACCUCCCGACUGAAGCUCCUAGAGACUGAACUGGAGGAGCAGAUCAGCCACAACCUGGAGCUGGAGCAGAAGCACAGGCUGGAGCUGGCUGACCUGCAGCAGCAGAUCCUGGCGCUAGAGAAACAGCUGCGCAAUGAUCGACACUUCAUAGACGAACAAGCAGUGGAGCGUGAGCACGAGAGGGAUGAAUUUCAAAUCGAAAUUAAGAAACUGGAAGCCCAGCUAAGGAAUCCAAUGAAAUCUAAUACCGGAGGAGAAGACUACAAGGGGCAGAAGAUUGAUGACUUGGUUUACCAGGUGGAGACGCUGCAGGCUACAAUCAAAGAGAAAAUGGAUGAUUACAACACUCUCCUGCUGGCUAAGGAGCAGUACGCGAGGGAUAUCAAUGAGCAAAAUGAAGAGAUUGAGAAAAUGGCAGCCCGAAUCUGCGAGCUGGAAGAGGCUGCACUGAGCAAUGCUGAGGCAGCAAAGAAAGUGAGCCAGCUAGAACAAGAACUGCAGCAGAUGAAGAAAAUGGAGCAAGAUUAUCUUCAGGAUAAGGAGGCUUUACAGCAGCAGCAAUAUUCUAACCGGCUGCAGAUCUCUGCUCUGCAGUCUAAACUAGAUGAGACCAGACACCGCUUCCCGGAGAACACCUCUGACCAGGUGCUGAAGGAGCAGCUGGAGGCAGAGCGAGAGGCUCUACUCAACAAAGAGAAGGAGGUUGAAAUGCUUGCUGAUCAGCUGGAUCAGUUUCAGAAGGACUUGGUGAACAAAUCAGAGGAGGUGAUGCAGCUCAACAUGCAGCUGGAGAUUCAGAUGAAGCAGAGUGCUGCCAGCAUCGACAGGGUGCAGGAGGAGAGCAAGCAGUUAAAGGAGAAGGUAGCCAGCUUGCACAAGCAACUGGGGGUUGAUACAGAUGAGAGCAGGACCUCAAUGCUGCAGUUUCCACACGCACUGAUGGAGGAAAAGAACCAAGAAAUCGACCAUCUCAAUGAACAGAUCUUUCGGCUACAGCAGGAACUGAAGAAUAAUACAGACAACAAGGCUCUAGAAGAGAAGAAUGUGGAGAUGGAGGACUUGAGAUCUCAGAUCGAACACCUCCGCGGAGAUCAGGAACGCCUGCGCAGGGACAAGGACGAGGAGGUGGAGCAGCUGCAUGAGGUCAUUGAGAAGCUGCAGGAGGAGCUGGCCCAGCUGGGGCCCAACUGCCACGAGGUCAGCGACUCACAGGACAGCCCAGAGUCACCCCUGCACAGCCUGGAGCGUGAGCUGUGGCAGCACCCCAACCAAGAGGACAGCCUGCAGAGGGAAUUGGCUAGCGAGCACCUGCAGUCCUCCAAGGCAAGGCUGAGAGAGCUGGAGGGGCAGCUCGAUCUUGCGUGUACAGAGAAAGAAGCAGUUCAGCAGCUGCUACAAAAGCAAGAAGCGCAUUUCCGGUCGGAGGUGGAGAAGCUGGGGAAGGACCUUCACAAUGAGCGCAAGCAACUCUCCAUCCUGCAAGAGGAGUCCAUCCUGCUGAGAGCCAGCCUCUCGCAGAGGGAAGCCGAGGUGGGCAUGCUGUCCACCCGGGCUCGGGAGUUUGAGGACAUCCUGAGAGAGAGGGAGGAUCAGCUUCUAGAGACGGAGAUGCAAGUGAAGACCCUGGAGGAGCAGAUCCUGGCCAAGGGGGCAGGUCUGGAGGCUGAGCUGAGCAAGAAGCAGGAGGAGUGUGAGGAGCUCCACAAUGUGAAGUCUCUGCUGCACUCCCAGCUGCAGGAUCUGAAGCAGGCAGAGGUAAAGAAGCAGAGAGAUAUUGAGAAGCUGCAAGCUGAGGUGGCGAAGUUGGAAGCUCGCAUGAAGGACAGCCAGGUGGAAAUUCUGACUCUGAGCUCGGAGAAGACAGAGCUGUCCUCGGAGUGCCAGGCUCUUCAGCUGAAUGUGGAACGUCUCCAGGGAGAGAUUGAAAGGUUGAAGAUGGAGGUUGCCGAGAAGGACACACUGGUACAAGAGCUGAGUGCGCAGCUUGAAGACAAGUCAGCAAAGAAUGUUGCAGCACAGAAAGAAGUGCUGAGCUGUGCUGAAGAAACGCUGGCUAAAGCAGAGGCUGCCCUGAAGGAGAAGGAGGAGGCCCUGAGAGACCAGCAAGCAGUGCUUUCUCAGCUGAGGGCAGAGCUGUCUGCUGUGAAGGAGGAGCUGAGCUCCAGCACAGAGAAGACACAGAGGCUCCUGGAGGAGGGACAGGAAAAAGAUCGAUCCCUUGCCGACCUGGAGAUCCACAACGGAAGUUUAAAAUCGGAACUGAGAAAGCUCCAAGAAGAUUUCACGAAGCAGGAGGAGCAGCUAUUGCACCAGAAGAGUGAGGUGGAGGAGCUGAGAGCUCAGGAUGUACUCCAUGCACAUCAGCAGUGUAAAAUACAGAGCAAUACAAUGAAACCUGAGGAACGCUCCAGCCAGAUCGGCUCAGGCACACAUCUUGGCUUGUUGUACAACUUCUCCGACGAAAGCUCUCUCUGGUCCCCUGAGCAUAUGAGGAAAUACGAUGCCAGCAUGGAGCACACGUAUGGGUUCCAGUCCACCCACCUCUCUGAGCUCAGCGCUUUGCAUAGCACUGGGCUGAAUCACCUGCACAGCAAAUCCCCUACUCUGGACCAGGACUGCUCAGAGCCCGGUGAUCACAUCACCUGCGACAGUGAGGAGCACAGCAGCCACUUGGCAGCAGCAUCUCCACCCUUCUCUGAGGGCACUUACUCCGUCCUGGGCUCUCUUGACACGGAAAAGGCAAAAGCUCUUGAAAACCUCGACUUGACUCCAUCAGCCUCUCCUGUUUGCACAGAAUCAACACUCUCUGUCCACGAGGGUGUCAGCGAUGGAUAUGCAAGCAAUGCAAGUUCAGAUUUGGGGGCAAAACUAAAGGUGGAGCUGGAAACUACAGAACGCUUGGAUGCUAAUUUUGUGGAGUAUCUGCGGCAGCGUGGCAUGUCACUUGCUGACAACCCUGACAGGCCAGCAGAGUUUUCACUGGGGAGUGAGGACAUGCUUUCUCAUGAGCUACAGAGCUUGUUGAAGAAGGUUUACAAAGAGGGUUGCCGAGUGCUUGCUCUUUCUGAGCGGGCCCCGCCAGUUUCUCUCCCCAGCACAUUGUCUGACAGCUGGCUGAAGGAGAAACAGGCUCUACAGGAAACCAUACAGUCUCUUAAAGAGCUCCUUUCCAAAAUGGUUGAUAAAGGAGACGAUGUAGCUGCUAAUCGAGACAGCGAUUGGAGAAGAGAGCUGCUCCACGCAGUGCGCAGUGUGUUUGAUGGUGAGAGGGACUGGCUUCGUGCAGAGCUGCAGUCCCACCUGUGCAGCCAGGGGUCUGGGGACAUGAGCAUCCUGAUUGAAAGAAUGGAGAGCAUUGUUAAAGAACAGGAUGAGCAGCAGCGUGUUGCUCUGGAGCAGCUCCUCUCUGCAGACAGGAGCAGCCUGCUUUCAGAGAUUCAGAGCCUGCAGGCCCAACAGAGGAUCUCCCACCUGCAGAAUCAGGAGCAGCUACAGCAGCUGCAGGCCUCUCUGACCACUGCUGAGGAGCAGGCCAGCAAGCGGGAGCAUCAGCUCCGCAGACAAGUGGAGCUGCUAGAAUACAAGCUGCAGCAGGAGCAGGCAAUAGUGAACGAUCUGCAGAACUCCCUCAGAGCAGAGCAGGCACGAUCAACUGAACAGCGAUCACACUUCAGAUCUGAACUGGAUGCAGUUACAGACCUGAAACAGGAGCUGUCUGUCACCAGUCAGGAGCUGGAACGGUCCUUGAAGGCUCAGCAAGAGCUGCAGAAGGAGAUCAGAAAAUUGAGGGCUAACCUAGAGAGCCAGGAAGCUGACCUGUGCUCAGCUGUGGAGAGUCUGGAGAAGGAGAAGCAAAGAGUGAAAGAGAUCCAGGAUGUCCUGGAUCAGGAAAGACUCAAAAACAUCCAGAGGAACGUUCAGGAAGGGCAGACACAUGAGUUACUGCAGACAUCUCUGGAAGACCGAAAUAUCCAGAACAGCCAGCUGUGCAGUGCUCUGGAGCAAGAGCGGAUUGCCAACGGCAACCUGCGCAAGGAGCUGCAGAUCGAGCAGUCCCGCUGCGAGGCCCUGCUCUCCCAGGAGCGCAGCAAGCUCGGUGAGAUCCAGCGGCUCCUUGAGAUUGAGAAGGGGCGCACUACCGAGCUGAGCGACAGCCUGGCCCGCGAGCAGCAGCGUCUAGCCCAGGAGUACAAGCAGAGGCUGGAGGAGGAGGCUCUCCGCAGGGAGACGGUGGCCACUCAGGAACACAAUUUCAUCCAGCAGCUGCAGGCACAGCUGGACCAGGAGAGGGAGCACACUGUGGAGCUGGCAGCCAUGAUGGAGAAGACCCAGCAGCAGGCCAUUCAGGCCAAGAGACAACUGGAGGCAGGAGUUCAGCAGAGCCGUGAGGAGGCGCAGAGAGAGCACGACACUGCUGCCAAGCUCCGCACUGUUCUAGAGACCCUGCGGACGCAGAAACAAGAGCUGGAGUGCAGCCUGGAGACGGAGAGACAGCAGGGGGCCCGCCUGCAGGCUGAUCUCGAGCAGCUUCAGGGAAAGAUCCAGUCUGUAAAGCAGAAGGAGAGGAGCAGGGAGGAGCAAAGGGAGGCGCAGAGGAGGCAAGAUCGCCAGGCACUUGCUGAGAAAGACCGCAGACAUGAGAGGGACAGUGAGAAACUGCAUGAGAUGGAGCUGCAGCACCAAAGAGACCAACUGAGGAUCAAACAGCUACAGCAGACCCUUGCAGAACUGGAGGAGCAGGAGCGAGACCUCUCCUCUCGUAAGCAGCAACAGACUGGUGUCCUGGGCACGGGCCGCAGCUGCUCCUUCCCCCAGUCUCCGGACAGGGAGAGCUUCUUCCUUAACCAGCAGCAUCUGCAGUUCACUCGGCAGCAGCUACAGCUGGCCAUUCUCAGACUGAAGGACUUGGUACACAGUUCUAGUGCUAGGACUGCGGAUGGUCGCAACUACACUGAAGAUGAGGAUAUGAAGUUCUUGUUGAAAACACUGACUGGGCUGGACAAUGAUUUACUGAAUCUGUGUUCAAGCACACAGAGGCCGGUACAAACCUCAUCAACAAUUGCAGAGCGUUUGUUGAAGGAGAAUGCAGACCUGACUACUUGUAUGGGAGCUUUGACCGAAGAAAAGAUUGACCUGAAACGCACAAUAACCAAACUGGAAAAGGAACUGCUAAUCCACAAGCAGAGGGGGGCAGGCAGUGAACAGGUCAGAUCUCGUGAUAUGGUUGAUUCAGUUCAGGCCUCAGAAAGGACAGUCUGGCAGAAGGAAAGAGCCUUCCUGCACAGUGCCCUCAAGAAGGCAGAGUCUGAGCUGUCAAGAGUGACAGCCGAGAUUGAAAACAGGCCCCUGGCUGCUGACGUCUCCCACGCUAAGCAGAUGAACCGACUGUAUGGGAGAUACAUGAGAGCAGAGAGUUUCAGGAAGGCUCUGGUGUACCAGAAGAAAUACCUGCUGCUCCUCUUGGGUGGUUUUCAGGAUUGUGAGCAAGCAACAUUGUCCCUCAUUGCCAGAAUGGGGGUGUAUCCCUCUGCAGCAGACCUCCAGGACUCCACACCGCGCUCCCUACCCAUCAACAAAUUCAGAUCUGCUGUCCGAGUUGUCAUCGCUAUAUCUCGGUUGAGAUUUUUGGUGAAGAAAUGGCAGAAAGCCACCAAAAAAGGACAGAUCCAAGUUGUUGCUGUGAAUGGAAGCACACACAGUGAAGGUCCUGGGUUCAGGACAGAAGUCUUAAGGCAGCACCCUGGAGUUACCUUUAACUCUCCUCCGACUCGAGAAGCUGAAAUUCUCCAGAGAAGUGCCACUGCACACAUGCAUCAGCCCCCUAAAUCACCUUACAGGCUCCACAACAGGUCGUACCACUCUCCCGGGCCAUCCCGAUCAUUCACCUCUCAGGACUCCCUGACUGACUAUAUUCACCAUUUAGAAGUGGUCCAGCAGCAGUUAGGAGGCCUUUCAUCAGGUCCCUCCCCAGGACCACCUUACAGCAGAAUUUCUAAAAGAUAAAGGAACUUUUAUUAUGAAGAAUCAACACUGAAUCCAUCCUUUCCCUUGUGUUCUGUUACUGUAAACAUAAGAUACUAGGGGAUUUAAUGGUAGCCAUGGGCAAUUAUUUUCUGUACACUAUAUGCAAUAAUCACAUUUUUUACAAAUAUAAUUAAGCACUGAAGUUUUGCAGUUAUCCACAGCGGGUGGUCACUUUCACCUUUUAAACCAUGUAUGUUUUGUUUAAAAGUGUUUUGAGCGUGUUUUAAAUACUUUCACUGUUUUCAUGCGAGAUCUUCUGGUUGCUGCACAUUU